AUGGAGAUUGACCUCGGAGAUGCGGUGGACAUGCCCACAUUCAGUCAAAUCUUAGAGAUGGACGAGCCCGGCGAUCGCGAAUUUUCUUCGUCCAUUGUCUUUGGAUUCUUCGACCAAGUCGAAGAGACAUUUGCUUCCAUGGAUAAGGCCGUCGAAGCCAAGAACCUCGAGGAGCUCUCAUCGCUUGGCCACUUUCUCAAAGGUUCUUCAGCUACCCUUGGCCUCGUUCGAGUACGUGACGGAUGCGAAAAGAUUCAGCGCUUCGGGAAGCUCGAAAACGAGGACGGCUCAUCAGAACCCGACGCCGAGCUGUGCCUAGAGCGCAUCAAGGAAGCCCUCGCCACCGUAAAGACAGACUACCAGGCUGCCGAAAUAAAACUUCGCGAAUUUUACAAGGAAGAUGGCCAGGCGGCCUAA